AUUCAAAACACAAAGAUUUGUAAAUAUAUUUAAAAGACAAAUGCACAACAGGAAGUGACAAAUAUUGAGAAACAACACACACACACGAUAGGUUUUCAUUAUUUGGACGAGGUUAUACAAACGAGGGUUUUAUUUCCGGUUAGUUACAGCCUUGAAGAGGAACUCGGUUGCCUAGCGACCAGUGGACGUGUCGCGUCAGCUAGCCUGCUAGCUAAGUGGUUCGCUAACACAUGUCGUGUCGGUGAUGAAAUGCCUCUCAGAAGAAACGGAGCUCUGCAGCUGCUCCAGAGGGAAGUGGACGACACCAGGAAGCAGGUGGACAGUCUGCUGAAGGAUGUGCAGAGUCAGCUUGGAUCCACUGAAGAGGCGUCUCGCAGAUGUCAAGAACUGCAGCUGUCGGCAGAGAAGACACUGAGGACGCUGAGGAAACUGACAAAGGCUGAUGAGCUGGCUCCUGUGGGAAACUACGCCCAAAGGAAACAGGAAGAGGAGACACGACUGCAGAACGAGUUGGAGCGUCUGAACUCGCUCUCGCUGCAGCUCUCACCCCCAGGACCGAGCUCAGCCGCCGGUUAUUCUCCAAAGGAAGAAAGUGAUAACGACGACGAGGGCGAAGACAGUAACAGUGAUGAUGAUGAUGAUGAUGAUGAUGAUGAUGAUGAUGACAGUGAUGAGGAUGAAGAUGAGAAGCGAGCUGUGAACCCCCCCUCCCAGUCAGACUCUCCCAACUACAGAGUCCUCAGUGAUUUCCAAGGAGAGCAGGAGGGAGAUCUGUCUGUUCAGAGGGGGGGCGUGUUGAGGAUUAUCAGGAAGACGGCAGACGGAUGGUGGCUGGCUCAGGACGGUGAAGGCAACAGAGGAGUGGUUCCAAAAACCUACCUGAAGAUUGAUUCUGGUGUUGAUGACGACGAUGAUGAUGAAAAUGAGGAAGAGUCCUCUGAGGAGGAGGAAGAUGGGGAAGAGCUGACCGAUGACAAACAGAGUGGGGCGUCCCAUUCCAACUGGUCCACUGUGAGGAAGGCUCUGACUGAGAUUGAUGCGACAGAUGUGCUCUCUGCCAUGGGGGCUAUACCUUCAGGAUUUAGACCAUCAACUCUCAAUAAAUUGCUGGUGGAAGAAGGUGUAACGUACAGAGGGAGUCACCAUAUUCAGCCUGAUCUCAGCCAAUCACAGCUCUCCUUUAAGGACCUCUUUCUGGACCCUGACACUGGCAGGGUUCGAGCUCGGCAGGUCCGCACUUGUGUCUGCUUCACUUUGUGGAGCUGCAAGAUGAUUCCCACCCCAGGGGUCGGAGUUCAGGUCCUGAGCCGACACAUACGCCUCUGUGCCUUCGAUGGAACUCAGGUGUUGAGUAACAUCCACACAGUGCGGGCCACUUACACCCACAAGAGCCCAAAGACCUGGAGCUUCUCUCCCAGGAUGACAGGUGUCCUACCCGCCCUCCUGGAUGGAGACUGUUUCCUUCGCUGCAACUCUGCGUCUCCUGACCUCGGGAUCCUCUUUGAACUGGGAGUCACUUUUAUACGGAAUUCGACUGGGGAGAGAGGAGAACUGAGCUGCGGCUGGGCUUUCCUCAAACUGAGCGACGACACGGGAAAUCCACUCCCCAACAGGACCUAUGAGCUGCAGGUGAACGGGGGAACUCCCUAUGAGAAGGACGUGGCUAUGGAAGCUUCAGUCACCAGAGGAUCUCCAGCCGCUGGUGUCUUCCAGCAGAUGCUUCAGGCCAGACGGCAGCCGAGACUGAUCGUCAGGUUAAGAUCCACCAACAGUCGGACCAGAACGCAGCUCAGUCUCCUCCCUGACACUCUGCUGCACUGUCUGAGCUGCGUCCACCUGCUGGCUCUGCACAGACAACUGUUAGCUGACACACUGCUGAUGGACAGGCCCACCAUGCAGGAUGCAGAUCUAAUCUGCAGUCCGGUACUUUCUACAUUCCCUGUUCUGUUGGACCAAGUGGACCUGCUGGAUGCUCUCAGGGGUGCGUGGCUGGAAACUGAGAUCAACAUGAGCAGAGCACAGAAGAGAGACUUGUCUUUUGUCAAACAGGAGUUUGUGAAAGUCUACAUGUCGUCCGUCUAUUUCCUCCUCCACUCGCCCUCGCUGCCCCGUCACCGCUGGGCCGACCCCCCCUCAGAGGAGCAGCGGGCCAGAGCCAUCUACGCCACCCUGGAUUCUCUCAAACACCAGCAGCACACCACGGGCCAAUCAGGAUGUCCGGAGGUCUAUGUGGACCCCAUGCACCCCCACCUCGCCUUCGAUAUCACCGAGUUGACCUUUGACCUCCUCCAUGUCACUCAGGGGCAAAGUACAACUUGAGGAUUGAUUGUAUUUUUAUGAAAUAAUUUAAAUUUUUUAAAAUCAGGCAUCAGCUCGGUUUGCUAACGUGAAUAAAACCCUUGAAUGUGCCAUAAAUAUAUUUAUGAAACAUGUAAACUGAAAGAAUAAAGCUGCUAAUGUUCUAUA